UUACAGGACACAACAAGAGAUGAAGGUAAUGAAAUCGAUGCCAGCAGGAUGAGUAAAUUAAGAAAGACAAGAAAGAAAGUCACUAAACCACGUGUUUGUUCAAGUGAAGUGGGAGAAAUGGAUAUAUCCAAUUCAAACGGAAGGAUCAGAAACCAAAUGGUGUGUCACAAAUUGGGGGAUACAAGCAUAUCAGUCAUGGGACCUGGCUCUGCUGAGUCUCAUCUGCCACCUGAUGACAAGGACUUCCAGGAUCAGACAAUAGUGAUAAAACCAUCAUCCCCCAAAACACCAGUCAGUCCUCCUGGAGGUGAAUUUUACCCAAACUCUGAUCACACCAGGGACAGCACUGAAAUUCUGACUCCACCUCAACUCUCUUCUAGAAUGAAAUAUAUUAAACAAGAGAUGGCGAAAAAUCACCUCCAAUUUGUGCGAUUUGAAGCAACAGACCUCCAUGGUGUGUCCAGGUCUAAGAGUAUCCCUGCACACUUUUUUCAAGAAAAAGUGAUCCAUGGCGUUUACAUGCCCCGAGGUUAUCUUGAAUUGAUACCGAAUCCUAAGGACGAUGAAGUGAAUCACAUAAGAGCCACAUGUUUUAAUAGUGACAUAGUCCUGAUGCCAGAGUUAUCGACCUUUAGAGUUUUGCCGUGGGCUGAGAGAACCGCAAGAGUGAUAUGUGAUACCUUCACUGUGACUGGCGAGCCUCUGUUAACUUCCCCAAGGUACAUUGCAAAGAGGCAGCUGAGUCAGCUGCAGGACUUUGGCUUUUCCUUUCUCUCUGCCUUCAUCUAUGAUUUUUGCAUUUUUGGUGUGCCUGAAAUUAUCAAUUCGAAGACCUUGUCUUUUCCUGCUUCAACACUACUAAAUAAUCAUGACCAGCCCUUCAUGCAGGAACUCGUUGAUGGCUUGUAUCACACUGGAGCCAAUGUUGAAAGUUUUUCCUCCUCUACCAGGCCUGGUCAGAUGGAAAUCUGUUUUCUGCCUGAAUUUGGCAUCAGUUCAGCUGAUAAUGCAUUUACCCUCAGAACAGGUGUUAAAGAAGUGGCAAGGAAAUAUAAUUACAUUGCCAGCUUUUUCAUUGGGACUGGAUUCUGCAAUUCAGGAAUUUUGUCACAUAGUCUCUGGGAUGUCGAUGGGAAGAAAAACAUGUUCUCCAGCAGUUGUGGAAUUGAGCAGCUCACAAUCACUGGUAAAAAAUGGUUGGCAGGACUGUUGAAACACUCUGCUGCUCUCAGCUGCCUGAUGGCGCCUGCUGUUAGCUGCCGAAAGCGUUAUUCCAAGGAGAGUAAAGACCUGAAGGAGAGUGUGCCUACGACAUGGGGAUACAAUGAUAACAGCUGUGCUUUUAAUAUCAAGUGUCAUGGUGAGAAAGGCACCCGGAUAGAAAAUAAACUAGGCUCAGCAACAGCAAACCCUUACCUGGUGCUGGCUGCGACUGUUGCUGCAGGCUUAGAUGGACUUCAAAGCAGUGAUGAGGUCUUGGCUGGUCCAGAUGAGAGCACAGACCUUUAUAAAUCAAAACCUUCUGAGAUCCCUUUGAAACUGGAAGAUGCCCUUGUGGCACUGGAGGAAGAUCAGUGUCUGAGACAGGCUCUAGGAGAAACUUUUAUUCGAUAUUUUGUUGCCAUGAAGAAAUAUGAGUUGGAAAAUGAAGAAACAGAUGCUGAGAGAAAUAAAUUCUUAGAGUAUUUUAUUUAG